AUGUCCUGUAUUGAGAAAUUUGGCAACACUGUUGAGCACACCAUUGGUGGAUUCUUCAACAAAGUCGGCCUAAGUGUUGGUAACAGACCAAGAUUGACCAUCCUCAUCUGUUUCCUCGUUACUGCUUUGACAGGUUAUGGAUUCACCACAUGGGAAACUGAGAGCCGUCAGCAAAAGCUUUGGGUCCCUCAAGAAACUCAAGCACAAGAUGAAACUGAGCGCUACCAAAACUACUUUGCCAGCAAUGCUCGCUUCAACUCCAUCAUCGUUUCCGGAAAUGAUGGCAAUGUCCUUACCAAGAAUAGUCUUGUUCAAGCGAUGGAGAUGCACAACGAAAUCGAGACCACGGUAUCUGUUGUCGAGGAUAAAAAUUACACUCUGACUGAUCUUUGCGUCAAGGCAGGCGGAUCCUGCGCCUCUGGCUUUCAAGGUGUUUGUCUCUGUUUGGUCAACAGUAUUCUUAAGCAAUGGAACUACGACUUGGAACUUUUGAAAAGUGACAAUGACUUCAUGACAACUCUGAACAACUACGGAAGCAAGGAGGGUCUAGAGGCCGUCUUGGGUAACCCUAAUUUUGACUCCAACGGAACUCUUGUCUCCGCCGAAGCCUUUACCAUCACCUACUUUUUGGAAAGCAGAAUGGAAGUUGUUGACGGUUCUGAAGUUGAUCCCAUCAACGAAGCCUGGGAAGAGACUGCCUUUUUGUCGGUCGCUGAAAGUGUCGAUGCCAAGUACAGCGACAUUAACUCAGACUACAUCUCUACUCGCAGCUUCAGCGAUGAGUUUGGAGGGGCCAUCACUGGCGAUCUUCUCCUUGUUCAAAUCUCUUACGUCAUCGCCUUCUUGUACUUGGGUGCCAACAUGGGAAGCAUCAAGUGUGGAACUGGAUCUCGAUGGACCAUGGCAUUCUCAGCUUUGAUGGUCGUCCUUUUGAGUACUGGUGCUGGAUUCGGCAUCUCUUCCAUCUUUGGGUUCUUCUUUGGACCCGUUCACUCUCUUCUUCCAUUCAUCCUUUUGGGUAUUGGCGUCGAUGAUGCCUUUGUCAUUGUCAACGCUUUCAACCGCGAGCGUAAGGUUGCAAGAUCCAAGGAAGACAACGAGGCCCUCGCUCAGCGAUGUGCGCGUGCAAUGGCCCGUGCUGGUGCCUCCAUCACUGUCACUUCUUUGACAGAUCUUGUCGCAUUUGGAAUUUCGGCUACCUCUUCUUUGCCCGCUUUGGCCAGUUUCUGUGCCUACGCAUCCUUUGGUAUUCUCUUUCUGUGGAUUUUUGCUUCCACAUUCUUCCCUGCCACCAUGGUCCUUGACGAACGUCGCCAACGCGACAAUCGCAGAGAAUGCCUGUGUUGUCUUACCCGCAAGGCUCCCCUGGAAGAAGACGAGGAUACUGGCUUUGAAGAAGGCGCAGUCUCCCGCUAUUUCCGCAACUACCAUGCUCCUGCAAUUCUUUCCGUCCCAGGAAAGUUUGCGACUCUAAUUGUCUUCAUUGGGCUCUUGGCGUUUGGAAUCUUUGGAAUGUUGAACUUGUCGGUCGAAGAUUCUGAGAGAAGCUUCAUUCCAGAUGACAGUUACGUCAAUGGAUACUUUGAUGCUGCUGACAAGUACUACCCAUCCACUGGUAUUGAGCUGGCAAUUGUGUUCGAAGGAAGCUCGGACAUUUACGCUAGUCGUGAAGGUCUUGCCACUUUGGACGAACGUCUUGCCGGCAAGUCUUCCAGCCCACCAUAUAUUGCCGAACCAGUUUCCGAUGCAGCGUACACAAACAUCAUGGCUGGUUUCAGCAGCUACUUGAAGACUGCCGGAUCCAAUGUGAACGUCACUUUGGGUUCGGAUGGCUGGCCAGCCACCGAAGCCGAAUUCGUCACUGCCCUCACAAGCUAUGCCGGAUUUGGUGGAGCUGGUUCUCAAUACACCAGGGACUUCGUCCUCUCUGCCGAUGCUAAGAGCGUUGAUGCUAUUGUUGUAAAGACCGAAUACAUUCGUCUUACGAAGAUGAGCGGAGACAAGGUCAUUGACGAUGCCGACAGACAAAUCGAAGCCAUGGAUGCAACUCGAGAAAUGGUCUCAAGCUGGACUGACUUGCCACAACAUUUCACCUACUCGGAGAAGUUCAUUGGUAUUGAAGGUUUCAAGGUUAUCAAGAAGGAGCUCUUCUUGAAUGUCGGUCUUGCCAUUCUUGCCGUUGCCAUCAUUGUCUUCUUCACUGUUGCCAGUCCAACGACAUCGAUUUUGAUCACCUUGAAUGUUGCGGCGUGUAUCAUUGAAAUUCUGGGAUUCAUGUAUGCCCUCGGAAUUGUCAUUGAUUCCGUCAGUGUUAUCAACAUGGUGCUUGCUGUUGGUCUUUCCGUCGAUUACAGUGCUCACGUUGGUCAUUGCUUCAUGGUCAAAGGAGGCGAAGACAAGAACAAGAGAGCACUGGAGGCCUUGGCCGAUAUGGGAGCAUCCGUGUUGAACGGUGCUAUUUCCACCUUUUUGGCUGUCGUUGUCCUUCUUUUCUCUUCUUCCUACGUGUUCCGAGUGUUGUCCACUCAAUUCGCUCUGACCGUUGGAUUGGGAGUGCUUCACGGUCUUGUUGCCCUUCCAGUCAUGCUGUCCGUUCUUGGACCAAAGCCAUUUGCUUCUGCCGAAGACCCGGACUCUUCUGGCAAACCAGCCAACACUGACAAGAUUUCAGAAGACGACGAUCUAGAUGAUGCCUAG